AUGUCGUCCGCAAAUGCACCUACCAGCGCUGCCCCCGGCGCUGGGCCAGUCACCAUGGAUGGAUCCGCCUCUGGUGCUCUUCGUGAAGCGCGCAUCGCGACGCACUCGCACAUCAAAGGACUUGGUCUGAGCGACGACGGCACCGCGCUCCCCUCGGCGCAGGGCUUUGUCGGCCAAAAGAUGGCCCGUGAGGCGUGCGGUCUCGUACUCGACCUCAUUCGCAUGAAGAAGUUCGCGGGCAAGGCGCUACUCCUCGCCGGUGGUCCUGGUACGGGCAAGACUGCUCUCGCUCUGGCGGUAUCGCAGGAACUCGGUCAAAAGGUGCCCUUCUGUCCCAUGGUCGGCUCGGAAGUCUACAGCUCCGAGGUCAAGAAGACCGAGGUGUUGAUGGAGAACUUCCGAAGGGCCAUCGGGUUGCGCGUGCGCGAGACCAAAGAGGUCUACGAAGGCGAGAUCACCGAGCUGACGCCGACGGAAGCAGAGAACCCGCUCUCGGGCUACGGCAAGACCAUCGCCCAUGUUGUGAUCGCACUUAAAACCGUCAAGGGCACCAAGCAGCUUCGACUGGAUCCCAGCAUCUACGAGAGCAUCAUGAAGGAGCGCAUCAGCGUCGGCGACGUCAUCUACAUCGAGGCCAACACUGGUGCCGUCAAGCGAGUCGGCCGAAGCGAUGCAUACGCCACCGAGUUCGACCUGGAGGCGGAAGAGUACGUGCCGCUGCCCAAGGGAGAGGUCCACAAGCGCAAGGAAGUGGUACAGGACGUCACCCUCCACGACCUCGACAUGGCCAACGCAAAGCCCCAAGGAGGACAGGACAUCAUGAGCGUCGUCGGCCAGCUCGUCAAGGGACGAAGGACAGAGGUGACCGACAAGCUGCGUAGCGAGAUCAACAGGGUCGUGGACAAGUACAUCGAGCAGGGCAUCGCCGAGCUGGUGCCUGGUGUCUUGUUCAUCGACGAGGUGCACAUGCUCGACAUGGAGUGCUUCACCUACCUCAACCGAGCGCUCGAGUCGACCAUCAGCCCACACGUGCACAUGCUCGACAUGGAGUGCUUCACCUACCUCAACCGAGCGCUCGAGUCGACCAUCAGCCCACACGUGAUCUUGGCCACCAACCGCGGUCAGUGCAUGGUGCGCGGUACCGAGUACGAGGGACCUGCCUCGGGCACUGGCAUUGUGGCUCCUCACGGCAUUCCUCUGGAUUUGCUCGACCGAUGCAUGAUCGUGCGCACCAUGCCGUACGAAAAGGACGAGAUUCGAGAGGUGCUGCGAUUGCGAACCAAGGUGGAAGGCCACUUGAUCGCCGAAGAUGCGCUCGAGAAACUCACAGAAGAGGGCGUACGAAGCUCGCUCAGAUUCGCGCUCCAGCUCUUGAGCCCUUCUUCCAUCCUCGCCAAGACCGCAGGUCGAUCCGAGAUCACCACCAAAGAUAUUGCGGAAGCCAACGAACUCUUUAUGGACGCGCGACGAUCCGCAAAGGUGCUCACGGCGACCAGCGAGACUGCCGAAGCAGUGCCGAUGGAGACGUCUUGA